AUGGCGAUAACCGGCUGGCAAUUCACUCAGAUUGCAGUGGUUGUGGCUACAUACGGAUUGGUUCAUCAUGGACCGACAUCGGGGUUUUUUGCCCGUGGCUAUAUCGGAACCUUUGCAAUUCUCUACUCCAUUGCCUUAUUGAUGUUGGUGAUCUAUGCGAGAAUUUUGAGGCCUCUUUGGCUGAACCCCCUUACAAAGCUACCUCAGCCUAAGGGUGGAAGCUGGUGGAAUGGUCACUUUAAAAAGAUCUUUAACGCGGGAACUGGCGAGGUCGAGAGAAAGUGGAUUCACGAGAUCCCCAAUGACGGCUUAAUUUACUACCGCAGUAUCUUAAACACGUCAAGAAUUAUUGUCACGGCACCCAAGACCAUUCAGGAGGUUGCCACACGCAUCGAUGAAUUCAAGAAGCCAGUACUGGCAAGGGCUGUUGCCGGGAAGAUUCUCGGAGAAGGUCUCGUCUUGUCUGAACUUGACAAGCACCGGCAGCAGCGACGUGUUUUUAUGCCCAUCUUUGCCCCGAAGCACAUUCGCGAGAUGUACCCCAUCUUCUGGGGCAAAACCUGCGAAGUGACACAAAAGCUCACACAGCUUGUAACUGAGCAGUCGCAGAAAUCUCACAAGGAUCAUGCAAUUUUCGAAGUUGGACACUGGGCUUCUCGUGCUGCUCUCGACAUUAUUGGCAUGGCCACCAUUGGUGAGGACUUUGGAUCCGUGCAAGAUGAAGAUGCACCCCUGGCAUCAGCAUACCGAAAGACAAUUGAGCCAACCCGUGGGCAUGUUGCCCUCGCCAUGCUCAAGAUCUGGUUCCCCGAGUGGCUCGUGAACAUGCUACCCAGCCAGAUCAACCGCACCCUCAACGAGUCGGUGCCCGUGUUCCGCAACCUAUGUCGAGAUCUUCUACGGGAAAGGCGCCAGAUGGCCGCUGAGAAAGUGAACGGAGGCAAAGACCUCCUGAGCUUGUGUUUCAAAUACGAAGAUGUCGCAGCCGCAGACGAAGAAGGUGUAAUCGACCAAAUGACCACUUUCCUAGCAGCCGGCCACGAAACUAUUUCUGUCGGCAUCACCUGGACCCUUUACAUGCUUUGUCUCCACCCCGAAUGGCAGACCAUUCUCCGCGAAGAGGCUCGCACCCACUUGCCUGAUCCUAACGCCAACGAUGCUUCGGACGAAGAAAAGCAGACUCCCAGCGCCACAAGUGCCGAUGUCGAGCAGAUGCCCAUGAUGCAAGCUUUCGUGAACGAGGUUCUGCGCUGGUACCCGCCCAUCCCGCAGACUAUGCGUGAGGCUCUAGAAGACACUGUGAUUGAUGGUCAGAUCGUUCCAAAGGGAACAUUGAUUGUUAUCCCCUUCAAAGGUCUUCACCGGGAUUCUCGCUUCUGGGGCCCUGAUGCCAACCAGUUCAACCCACGUCGAUGGAUCAAUGCUGAUGGCACAGUCAGCUUGAAUGGAGGGUGUAUUAACAAGUAUGUGAACUUGUCUUUCAUGCAGGGUCAACGCAGCUGUAUUGCACAGGGCUUCUCCAAGGCUGAGAUGACUUGUCUCAUUGGUGCUUGGGUCGGUCGCUUUAAAUUUGAGCUGGUUGAUACCACGCUCUUGGAUGAGGAUAAGAUGCCGAUUACCAUUGGUAGCUUGUCAUCGAAGCCAGUUAACGGUCUCGAUGUGAAGUGGUCGAUUGUGGAGGGAUGGAGGGAUUAA